CCUUUAGUAAUCCCGCGUGACUGGUGCAGUACACACGCCGAAAUUCUUCCAUAACCACUGCAGCCCAGACUUAUAACACGCUGUCUUCUCGAUUUCGCUUUCUGAAAGGCCUACGGGCAAUUCCUCUCGCAGCUGCAUCUACUUCCCUCCCAGAUCGCACCUAUUCAAAAAUGGCCCCGCUCACAAACUGGUACAGUCCCGAAGAGCACAACGAUGCAUUCAAAAGUCGUCAUCAUCGGCUCAGGUCCUGCAGGUCACACCGCCGCCGUUUACCUCGCACGCGCGAACCUCAAUCCUGUCCUCUUCGAGGGCUUCAUGGCAAACGGGUUCGCUGCUGGUGGCCAGCUUACCACGACCACAGAUGUUGAGAACUACCCCGGCUUCCCAUCCGGCAUCCUUGGCCCCGAGCUCAUGGACAAAUUCCGCGAGCAGUCCAUUCGCUUCGGCACGCAGAUCAUCACAGAGACCGUGUCCAAGAUCGAUCUCUCUGCACGCCCAUUCCGCUACUGGCGAGAGAGCCAAGAGCACGAGGAAGCAGAAACAGCCGACACCAUCAUCAUCGCAACCGGUGCGAGCGCGAAGAGGCUAGGACUCAAGGGUGAGGUCACAUACUGGCAAAGCGGCAUCAGCGCAUGUGCAGUCUGCGAUGGUGCCGUUCCCAUAUUCAGGAAUCAACCACUGGCUGUUAUCGGUGGUGGUGACUCUGCAGCAGAAGAAGCCACCUAUUUGACAAAGUACGGCUCUCACGUCUACGUCCUCGUCCGCCGUAGUGAACUCCGCGCUUCUAAAAUCAUGGCCAAGCGCCUCAUGAACAAUCCCAAGAUCACUAUCCUCUGGAACACUGUCGCAACCGAAUGUCAAGGCGAUGGCGACCUCCUCAACAACCUCCGCAUCAAAAACGUGACGACAGGCGAAGAGCGCGAUCUCCCCGUGCGCGGACUCUUCUAUGCAAUUGGACAUGAGCCAGCUACGGCCCUGGUGCGUUCGCAGCUGCAAACAGACCCCGAUGGGUAUAUCAUCACUGUCCCUGGAACGACGCAGACGAGCGUCAAAGGCGUGUUUGCUGCUGGCGAUGUGCAGGAUAAGAGGUACAGACAAGCUAUCACUAGUGCGGGGAGCGGGUGUAUGGCUGCGCUUGAGGCGGAGAGGCUUAUUGCGGAAGAGGAGGAGGGUGUAGAGGAAGAUUAGAAGGUCGACCGGUCAUGACGGAAGAAUUGAGGCGUGUAUACCAAUCCAAUGUUUUUGCUACCUGCUAUCCAACGCAGGCGUUGUUCAUUGUACAGUGAGCAGGAAUACCGUCGAUAAGUGACUAUGGCGGGUUUUCCAAUUGUUAUCAGCCCCAAACAUCCCACUGAU